GCGUUCGGAGACGUACAUUUCGAAUACAUUUUCUUUCUUUCUAUAUCACUGACAUGGAGGUGAUAUAGAAAGAGAGAGAAUGCACUCGGGGAUGUUUCCGAACGCGGCCCGAAAGAGAUAAUAGAUAAUAGCUUAUUUUUUUUUGUUCCUGCACUAAUGAACUAGUGCAGAAAUAGAAAACAAAUCCGAUGAUUGUGCUACGUGCUACUAUUUUAUUAUCGUACGUAUAACGUGUAUUGCAACCAUUCGCAUAUCCUUGGAUGAAACAGAGAACUACACGCACCCAAGUUAUUUGUAAGCUAAAUACUUUUGCGUUGAGAAAAAGUGUACGAUAUUUUUAUUUUUUAAAUGCAUUUUUCGCAGUAAACUUGGUAAUUCAUCAUGGAAGUAUAUGCACGUGCCCCAGAUCCUUUAACGAAAACCGAUGACAUGGCCAGUAAUUGGCAUAGUUGGAAAGAACAUUUUAUUAUAUUUAUGCAAGUGACUGGAUAUAUCAAUAAAUCCAAAGAUAUUCGUGCAAAUCUCUUAAAAACUCGGAUUGGAAAAAUUGGUAUUGAUGCAAUUAAAAAAAUGUCUUUUGACAAACCAGAAGAUAAAGAUGACAUAGAUAUAUUAAUUGCAAAGCUAGAAGACAUCUUUAAUCCAAAAAAUGAGGCAUACGAACGAUACAAAUUUUUUACAACAGGCAAAAAACGAAACGAAACCAUUGAACAGUAUAUAAAUAUCUUAAAAGAUAAAGCCAAAACCUGCAAUUUCAACGAAUUAACGGAUAGUAUUAUACGAGAUAAAAUCAUUCUUAAUACUCAAGACAAGAUACUUCGCAAAAAAUUUUUCGAAGUAAACAAGUUAAAUUUGCAGCAACUGGUAGCAAUUUAUAACUAUCAUAAUAUUAAUACAGUAAAGAUGAAACAAGUUACUAAAAAAACUACAGAAUCCAAAAGAGUUCCACACAAGGUUGACACUAAAAGCUCCACAGAGAGGCUGCUAAUUAAUAAUAAUGCAAAGAAAAAAUGUUGGAGAUGUAAUACUCAACAUCCACAAGGAAAAUGUCCUGCUUGGGAAUCUAAAUGUACAAAAUGUGGUGAUGUAAAUCAUUUUACUCAAUGUUGCCAAGGUCCUAAAUCUAAAGCAAAACCAAAUGAGAAGAAUAAUAAUCAAGGGAGGAAUCAGACAAAUUCUGCAGCUAAAGAUAUGGAUCCAAUGAAUAAGAUGAAUAACAACCAAGGGAGGAAUCAGACAAAUUCUGUAGCUAAGGAUAUGGAUCCAAUGAAUAAAAUGAUUAGUUUUCCAGAUAUUCCGACAGUACCUUGUAGUACUACAAAUUCAGCUUCCAACAAUGAUACAGAUUUUGUAAUGCUGAGUGCACAUAAUCCAAGUUCAAGUUUAAGUUUUAAUAAUACCACAAGUCAACCGACAUAUAUUUCUAAGAGUACACAAUAUAAUUCACAAUAUGAUUCACAUAUUAAGGGAACUACACCAAAGGUAAUUUUUGAUGUACCUGACAUGUGCAUGUACUCCACGGGCUGGAAAACACAAGCAAGCUCUUCUCAAAUAAUGUCAACAUCAAAUAAUAAUUUCCAAAAUAUUUUAACACAUAGAGCAUACACACCGCAAAGUGCACAAUUUAGAUAUAACCAAAAGAAGAAAAAAGAUUGUUGCAUACUGUCUUAAAUAUUUCAAUUUUUCAGUUAAAUGUUUUAUGGAUGUAUUUUGUAGAAUUGUAGCAAAUAGUAACAAUUUCUGUUAGUCUCCCAGUUAUAUGAUUGUUACACAGAACCAUUAUCUUAUAAUCAGGACAUGAACGUGUUCAUUUUUCAAAAACGAUCUUUUAAAUUUUGUCGGCUUAUCUGGAUGUAAAUGAGAUAAGAACAAGAGCGAUAUUUUAGAAAUUUGAUGUUAUUUUAUCUAAAUAUAAAAAGAUAAUGUAUAUAA